AUGGCGCUUCCGUUCGCUCUCCAGUCCAUCAGCACACGUGAGGCCAUCGCUGACGCAGUGUAUCGUGCCGUGCAGGGGAUAGACACCAAUGACCUCCCACUGUUCAAAUCAGCCUUGACCGAAGACGUCAGUAUGGAAGCGACAGGCAUGGGAGUCAUUCAAGCGGACGAUAUCGUCAACAAGAUGUUCUCUGGAGUUGGACCCAUGGAUACCACUCACAUCAUCAGCAACAUUCGUAUCAAUGCGGAAGAAGAUGGACACACAGCCAGCAUGACAGCAUAUGCGGUCGCUCAACAUUUUCGGAAGGGAGAAGGACAUGACCCAGCCGCGCCGGGACUGCUGAGUGGCGGCAUAUACACCUUGGAACUUGUCAAAGACAGCAAAGAUGGUCUCUGGAAGGUUCGAAAGUGGGUGGUAGAUUUCAAAUGGAUGCAGGGCGACAGGUCGAUCAUGACAUGGCAGCAAUGA